AUCUCUUCAAAUAGGCACUUGACGGCAGUUGUGUUACUUCUAGGCCACAAGCUUUCUGUUCAGCACUAACUUUUUAUAAAGCUUUAGCACGUGAGCUCUAGUAUGAAUUUAAAAGUUUAAUAACGCAUUAAACGCGGACGUUGAGGCGGACAUUGAAGCGUCUUUCGCUUGAAACUGUUUUCUAAGAAGUUUGAAGUUGACAGGAGUAUAACUUAUGGCAGCACCAAAUCGCUAUAGACGAGUGAGAUCUCAGCUUCCAACAUGCUAUUACGAAGGAUUUCUGGAAAAGAAAUCGAUCAAAGACAAGAUGGGUCGUAAACUCUGGACCAGUUUAUGUGGCAAUGUACUCUUUUUCUACAAUAACACCAAAGACAGUGUUUAUAUAGAGAAGCUGGAGCUCUCUGAUCUCGUCUCCGUGAAUGAUGACUGCUGUCGUGACCGAAACCUGGACGCUGCUGGAUUCACUCUGCACAUGAAAAAUGAAGACGUCAAGAUGAUUGUGUUACAGCAGCAGUUUUCAAUGCUGCUGGUACAACACCAGUACGCAGAGAAUCGUUAA